CGGCGGCGGGGCCCGCGGGCGACCUAGGAGCCGGGCGGGCGAUGCGGCCGUGAGGGCGGCGGGGCCGGCGCCGCCGCGAUGCUCCGCCGCAGCCUGAGCCGCCUGUGUGCUGGGGAAGAGAAGCGGGUCGGUACACGCACCGUGGUGGUUGGGCACCGGCCGGUUUCGGAAACAGAUGCGUACGUGGCACAGAAGUUCUGCGACAACAGGAUUGUCUCCUCCAAGUACACCCUCUGGAACUUCCUCCCAAAGAACCUUUUUGAGCAGUUUAGAAGAAUUGCCAAUUUCUACUUCCUCAUCAUCUUCCUCGUGCAGGUGAUAGUGGACACCCCGACCAGCCCAGUGACCAGUGGCCUCCCACUCUUCUUUGUCAUCACUGUCACAGCUAUCAAACAGGGAUACGAGGACUGGCUGAGGCACAGGGCUGACAACGAAGUGAACAAAAGCAAUGUCUUCAUUGUCGAGAAUGCAAAGCAAGUGCAGAAAGAGAGUGAAAAAAUCAAGGUUGGAGACAUAGUAGAAGUGAAAGCAGAUGAGACCUUCCCCUGUGACUUGAUAUUUCUGGCCUCGAGCAGCACUGAUGGGACCUGUUAUGUCACUACAGCAAGUCUCGAUGGCGAGUCCAAUUUCAAGACUCACUACGCAGUGCGGGACACCACUGUGCUCUGUACAGACGAAGCCAUCGACACCCUCACUGCCACUAUCGAGUGUGAACAGCCGCAACCCGACCUCUACAAAUUUGUUGGAAGAAUUAUCAUCUACAGAAGCAGCCAAGAGCCUGUAGCCAGGUCUUUGGGUCCUGAAAAUCUGUUGCUGAAAGGUGCUACCCUCAAAAAUACCAAGAAGAUUUACGGAGUUGCAGUCUAUACUGGAAUGGAAACGAAAAUGGCUUUGAACUACCAAGGGAAAUCUCAGAAACGGUCUGCUGUAGAAAAAUCUAUCAACGCUUUCUUGAUAGUGUAUUUGUGCAUCCUGUUGAGCAAGGCCACUGUGUGCACAACUCUGAAAUACGUCUGGCAGAGUAAUCCAUUUAAUGAUGAGCCUUGGUACAAUGAAAAGACUAAAAAAGAGAGAGAGACAUUCAAGGUACUGCGGAUGUUCACGGAUUUCUUGUCGUUUAUGGUCCUCUUCAAUUUUAUUAUCCCAGUCUCCAUGUACGUUACAGUAGAGAUGCAGAAGUUCUUAGGCUCCUUCUUUAUCUCCUGGGAUAAGGAGAUGUAUGAUGAAGAAAUAAAAGAAGGAGCAUUGGUAAACACCUCGGACCUGAACGAAGAGCUCGGGCAGGUGGAGUACGUCUUCACGGACAAAACAGGAACCCUAACGGAGAACAGCAUGGAGUUCAUCGAGUGCUGCAUCGAUGGGCACAAGUACAAAGGCUGCAUCUCAGAGGUGGAUGGCUUCCCUCAGACAGAUGGACCCCUAAAGUAUUAUGGCAAAGCAGAAAAGAGCCGCGAGGAGCUGUUCCUGCGAGCCCUCUGCCUCUGCCACACCGUGCAGAUCAAGGAAGCAGACCAGGUGGAUGGGCUGAUAGGACAUCCAGGACGCAAAUACACCUAUAUCUCCUCUUCCCCUGAUGAAAUUGCUUUGGUGAAAGGCGCAGAAAAGUAUGGUUUCACUUUUCUAGGACUUGAAAAUGAUUUCAUGAAAAUACGAAACCAAAAGAAUGAAACUGAAAUGUAUCAACUUCUCCAUGUGUUGAACUUUGAUCCCGUCCGUCGCCGCAUGAGCGUCAUAGUCAGAACCACCACGGGAAAGUUACUUCUCUUCUGUAAAGGAGCGGACUCCUCUAUUUUUCCAAGGGUGCAGCAAGAAGAAAUUCAGCAAACAAAAGUGCAUGUGGACCGCAAUGCUAUGGAUGGCUACCGAACACUCUGCGUGGCAUUCAAAGAACUAACUCAAAAGGAGUAUGACAAGAUUGACAGACAACUGAGUGAAGCUAAGAUGGCUCUGCAGGACAGGGAGGAAAAGAUGGCAAAGGUUUUUGAAGACACAGAAGCAGACAUGCACCUGAUUGGGUCAACUGCUGUGGAAGACAGGCUGCAGGAGCAGUCGGCAGAGACAAUUGAAGCUCUGCACGCAGCUGGCAUGAAGGUUUGGGUACUGACAGGGGACAAGAUGGAAACUGCCAAAUCCACCUGCUAUGCCUGCAGGCUCUUCCAGACCAGCACCGAGCUGCUGGAGCUGACAGCCAAAACGGUGGGUGAGAGCGAAAGGAAGGAGGAUCGGCUCCAUGAGCUGUUGAUGGAGUACCACAAAAAACUGAUUCAGGAUGCUCCCAAAAACUGGGGAGGCCUGAAGAGAAGCUGGACAUUGAGUCAAGAAUAUGGCCUGAUCAUAGACGGCUCAACGUUGUCACUGAUCCUCAACUCUUCUCAGGACUCCAGUUCUAGUAAUUACAAAAGCAUAUUUCUACAAAUCUGCUUGAAGUGUACUGCAGUCCUCUGCUGCCGGAUGGCUCCUUUGCAGAAAGCACAGAUUGUGCGAAUGGUGAAGAACACGAAAGGAAGCCCGAUAACCCUCUCCAUAGGGGAUGGUGCAAAUGAUGUUAGUAUGAUUUUGGAAGCACACGUUGGAAUAGGUAUAAAAGGCAAAGAAGGACGUCAGGCAUCCAGAAACAGUGACUAUGCUGUGCCAAAGUUUAAACAUUUAAGAAAAUUGCUACUAGCACAUGGGCAUUUAUAUUAUGUGAGAAUAGCACACCUUGUACAGUAUUUCUUCUACAAGAACCUUUGCUUCAUUUUACCACAGUUUUUAUACCAAUUCUUCUGUGGAUUCUCACAGCAGCCACUGUAUGAUGCUGCUUAUCUUACCAUGUACAACAUCUGCUUCACAUCACUACCUAUCCUGGCUUAUAGCCUCCUGGAGCAGCAUAUCAACAUUGACACGCUCACCUCAGAUCCUCAGCUCUAUAUGAAGGUUUCAGAUAAUGCAAUGUUGCAGUGGAGGCCAUUCCUGUACUGGACGUUUCUGGGCACCUUUGAAGGACUUGUGUUUUUCUUUGGGGUUUAUUUUCUUUUUCAAAAUUCAUCAUUGGAAGAUAAUGGAAAGGUUUUUGGGAACUGGACCUUCGGGACGAUUGUUUUCACCGUGCUGGUGUUCACCGUCACUCUGAAGCUAGCGUUGGAUACCCGCUUCUGGACAUGGAUGAACCACUUUGUGAUUUGGGGCUCCCUUGCCUUCUAUGUGUUUUUUUCGUUCUUUUGGGGAGGAGUCAUUUGGCCUUUCUUGAAGCAGCAAAGAAUGUAUUUUGUAUUUGCCCAUAUGCUGACUUCUGUUUCCACGUGGCUGGCAAUAAUUCUCCUGAUCUUUAUCAGCCUUUUCCCAGAAAUUCUUCUAAUAGUUUUAAAAAAUAUGAAAGAGAAAAAUCAUCAGACUGGCGCAUUUGAUCUGCCUAUGUUAGUCUCAUACAAACGUAUAGAAAAUGGUUAUGUGAAGACUGAAGAUGCUGUUACUAACUUGGCAGAAAGAUAUCCUCUCAGGAUACUUUGAAGUGCUCCAUACAAACACUGCAUAUUGUCAUGCUCUAGGAAAACCCCCUGGUUUUAACCAAACAGUUUUCUUUGAUAUUACUGAGUACAGCAAGCAGCCAUGCUGAUAAAGCAGCAGCCUGGGCACUGGCCCCACCUACCUGUUUGUCUUUGGGCUUGUGGCUUCCCCACCUUCUCCCCAGAAAAUAAAGAAUUCUGCCAAAUUUCUACAUCAUUGGAGGCUGAGAAAGCAUCUGAAACAGCGUGAAUUGAAGUGCAAGAGAGCAACACCAGCCCCAUUUCACAGGGGGGCUUCCUCUGCCUGCUGCAGAUCUGUCCAAGAGCAGCAGAGAGCUGCUGACAUCCCUUGCUUUGCCUGACCAAAGAAGUAGCACAGACUUUAAACCCAAUGACAGCCCCUUCUGCUCCUCUCAGGCAGAAGCUGGAUAUAGCCUGAUGAGCAUCUCACCUGAUGCUGGAGCUGCUGCCCCUUGGCAGGGGUCUGUCCCUUCCCAGCCCUGGGUUGCCAGAUGCACGUGACAGAAAUACUUGAAAAUCCAGGAGAAAUCUUGGCCACUGGUGCAAAGGCUUCAGGCACACAGCCCUCCAUGGCACCCAGCUGGAAGCACCUCAGCAUCUUCCUGCAGCCACUUAGCUGAGGGCCUUAUUCCUGAUGAAGGGAGAGGAAAAGCUGCUUUUCCCAAGUGUUGUGGCUGUUGGUGGUGGAAGGAGGCUUUCAUGGGGAAGGAAAGAAUCUCAGAAGUUGGGUUGUGCCAGAUGUUCAGCUGAUUUGCCUGGGCUCCUGUGGUUGUGCUUACAUUACUGCACUGUGCAGUUGCUCCAACACUUUAAAGGCCUGAGUGACAGUGUGGUCCCUGGGUGGUCCCAGGCCCAUGAGCUGUGCCUAUGGACCUGCAGGCAUAGAAGGCUGCAUUGGGAGUUAUUUGCAAUAAGAAAAUAAAUGAAAAAAAAAAAGCCAGUUUAAAAAUAAAUGGAAGACAUGAACCUGCUUUCAUUUUACACUUUAUUUGUUUUGUCAAUUGGCAUGCUCUUCUUCAGCCUACUUGUACCGUGGUCUUGGGAGCUUUUCUCUAUAGGUUGUGCACAGCAGAGGUGAGAUACCUGACUCUUAAUUAUUAUGUUUUUUCUCUGAUAUUUCCUAUGUGGAAAAAGCAGCUUUUUUUGUUGUUGUGUCAAGUCACAGAGUGCUGCAGAGUCACUGCUGGGAGAAGCGUUUGAAUCUCACGUGAGAGGUAACAAGCUCCAUGCUGCUGCUGGGUUUGGUUCCCCCUCUCUCAGAUUUUGUGUUAUUUCCACAAAAGAAACAACAAUUUGGGACUAGAUGAAACAUUCCCUUUGUCAAAUUUCACUGAACUAUUAAUUUUUGGAAGAAUCAAGUCUUGCUCUCUGGCUGCCACCGCCGAGGUCUGUGUGUGACGCUGAGGGAAGCAGGAUGCGAAUGAGCUGCAGAGGAAUUCUGGUGUGCAUCGUAAGGACUUGGCUGUGGGUGUUACCUGAGUGGGAGAGGGAUAUGUGUGCAGUUCCUAUGGCUGGUGGCUGCUCUUCCAUCACCCAGCCUGGGAGAGGAUGGCUGCACAGGACCACUGUAUUAUACACACUGCACUGGCCUCGACACGAAUAGUGUUUGUUAGCAACCAUGGCUCGACUCCUUGCUGCACGCAAGUAAGGAGCUGCACUUCCAGCAUGUGGGCAAAGCUUCCCCCUCUGCUUCUUUUUUCUUUUCCUAGCUCAUUUCACGGACCUAAAAUUCAACUUGCAGACUUUGUCCCAUUCUCAACUUUUCUUGCUAAAAUGUGGUGCCUACAGAUUCAAGUGUGUGAUGAAUGCAAGGAGGAUAUGCUCUAUAUGCCAAAUCUGACCUUUCUCUUUAACUAGACAGUUGCUGACUUGUGUUUACAUAACCUUUAAAAGGUGGGCGCUGAAAUGCCUAAUUCCUGUGAUUCAAAACCAUUCCAAGCCCGGAUGGUCCUAAGCCUGACGCCUUGCUUCUCAGUCUAUGUCGUGCUCAACGCCAAGAGUCAAAGUCUGUUCCUGUGUAAUUCAGCUGGAGCUUUUGCUGUUAGUGGGAACAAGGUGAAGCUUGCCAUGUAUGUGUGAACUGUCCGAAUGAAGCCACUGAAAUGGGUUCAUUUCUGCAGCUUGUUUUAAGAUGGAGCCUUCGGAGAACCAAAUCUUUCUCUCCCGUUUCCAGGCAUCCUGUCUCGGGAUGGAGGAAGCCACUGCAGUAGCUGUACGUUCAAACUCAAGGCACACGUGCUGAAAAGCAGGUUGGAAUUAAUGUGAAAUGUUUUAAAUAGCAGCUCUUUUUGGGAAAUGGAGGUUUUCUUGGGCUUGGAUCUUCAGCUAGUGCACUGGUGCAGUGCUGGGAUGCCAGGACAGCUGGGCUGUCCUGGGCAGGCAGGAAAUCUGAUCCUUCAGCAGUGACAGAAGUGAAAUUCCUACCGCUGUGGAUAACUUGUGAAAUUGAUGGAAACAAAGAGACCCCUUUUGGGGUUAAAGAAGGGAAGACAAAGGGAUGACAGUAACUGCAAGGAAUAAGCCAGGAGGAUGCUGAAGUGGCAAGAAUCUGACAGUGAUGCUGUGAUUGUUGUUUAUGUACCAUAAUACACACUGCACUGUUACAGUGCUCAUUAGUGAGCUAAAAGGUCAGUACAGGCUUAUCGGUGGAAAAACUUGAAGGAACAAAGGCUGGGGUGUUCUCAUAAUAAUUCGUUGAAACUUAAUCACUGGCUAGUGACACUGAAAGAUAAGAAAAGCAAUUAAGAUUCCCUCUAAAACUGUUCUGUGAUAACAGAGGAACUUGGUGUAGUCAUAGCUACUUUGCAGAAACUAAUCCUAAUGGUUAUGAGAAUGUUACAAAUGAUAUGGAAUCGCAUAAAAGCUUACAACUGAAUUUGUGUACACACAGUUGAAAAAACUUACCUAAUACUGCACCAUUUAUCCAAUUCCCAGCUGUUGAUCUUUUUUUUUUUUU